UAGGCCCAGCCAGUUCCUAGGAGCACAGGGCAUGCUUACUGCUUGUGUGUGUGUGGUAGAAUGCACACACAUGCAUAUGCACAUCUGUGUGUAUUGCAAUGAAGAUUUAAGAAAACAACACCCUGCAGAAUGACAGUAAAGGUUAUUCAUAAUCAAAAUUGUAUAAUCUGAUCAAGAAAAUUUAGUUCUAUAUUCUGAAAAGAGGAAAAAUUACCAUUAUGCUGUGAAGGACCUGAUAACUUCCUUCUAUACCCACUUCUUUCUGCUCAGCUGGAGUUGCACAUGUACAUUCCCUGUGAGUUUGCAGCCAGCCAGUGAAAUCUCCACUGAGGGUCCCUGCACAGGUACAUGAAUGCAAGAGAGCUCUCCAAUGUGUUAGGAAAUAUGUAAGUGUUAGUAAACAUGUACUUCUGCAAAUGUUUAUGGAAACUUAUUAUUAUGUUGUAAAACAUGGUAACAUGUUUCUAUAGCUCAAUUUCAAUCUAAGACAUCCUUCACUCUCUCUCCACCUUCUCCUUCUCAGACAGAUUUAUCUUGAUGGAUUGAAGACAUGCAGGGAUGCUUACUGGUGCAGUUCCUGCAUCUUGGUUGCAGAUAGUAACUUUCACCUUUUGUGCUGAUUCCUAACAAGUCCCUCAAGAGAUGAUUGGAUACUUUAGCAUCUGAACAUUCUUAGAACAAGAAUGGUAUCAAGUAAUUCAAAUGUAGAUAAAAUACACCUGUUUGGAAAAAAAAAAAAAAGGCAGAGAAGACUUUGUUAAAUGAAAAGUACUGAAAGCAUGUAUAUGUUAAUACACUGUGCUGGGAAAAUUUUCAAAAUGCAGCAUAAACAGCUUACUCAGCACCAAGGUACUCUGCUUGGAAGUCUAUUUUUUUCCUUCUCAUGUUCAACAGUUGAUUAGUGCUGUCACCACCACUUUUCUGUUCUCUUCCCCUGAUGCAAUUUGCAGGGAUAACCACCAUCUCUAGCUCAAUUCAUGUUGCCUGGAAGUGGAAACCAAAUGCUUUUGUUGAUGAGAACCUGCUGAAAAUGGAUUAUUGCAAAGAGAAUGAACAUAGCACCCUAAGUAAGAAGGUAUGGAUAUAGAAUCAUUUAUCCAUGGCUGUGUCUUUUUUUGUUUUAUUUGCAGCAAAGAGUGACUAUAGUUCCCCUCGGGGCCAUAUCAGCAGUGGCUGGUGAGGUCCUGGAGAGUCCUCUUGUGCCUGGUGAGCGAACUCACCUUCAGUGUCUCAACAAGAGACUGCUCUUUAUUAACUGAUAGAACUUUUUACUAACUAUGAAAUCUAAAUGCUUUGAAAUUCUAAUUCAGUGUUUGAGAGUGCUUUGGGGAGGAAAUUAUUAACUCUUUGGUGCUCUCUGCUCCUUACACUAAGGAUUUAAGUGUGGGAUAUUGUCUAACAGUAUGUGUGCUUGGCAGAUUGACAGAUAAACUCCUGUGGCUGUGCUCCUUUGUCUUAUCCUAACAUGCUGAAUCCCAUUGUGAUAAUGGUUUCUGGUUUGAAAUGGUCUUCCUGUGUACCUCUGAAAGGUUUCUUCUAGACCUGCUGCAAAAUGGACCUCAACAAAGACAGGAAAAAGAAGAAUGGAGAAGUUCUGUUGGCUGGUUUUCACAAGAAUGAAAGGUUGGUGAAUAAGGCCCAAGACACUGGAAGGAAAAAAAGAUGUGAGUGACAUAACGAAGAUGCUCCGCGCCGCCGCCGCCGCUCACGGAGAGCGCUUGUGCUCUUCGGCGCUUCGCUGAAAGUUUGUGAGUGCCCCCACGCCGAGCAAAGGCUCCCGUCUGGCCCCUCUCCUCACGGAGCUCGCACGGGGUCCCACCGCCGCUUCCAGCCGGAGCUUCCCCCGGAACUGACCCGGGCUGCAGCAGCCUGAGGGGUCCAGCUACAUCCCAGCCGCCUCCUCCCCCUUCCAACCCUCCAUCCUCAGGGGCCGACCUCUAAGCAGCCUCUUCUCACGACGGCAUCUAAGUCUGUUGUCGCCUUUACGAAACAGAGAAUGACUCCUGGACUUGUUGGUGUUCCACGGCUCCUGGGAUAAUGAGGCUGACAGUGGUUCCUAACAACGGGUAGUGCCACCCCUCUGAUCGGUGUCACCAGCUGAGCAGAUAUAAAAGAGAGGAUGCUUGCUGUCUGUGGGGAGCUGUUGGUGUGCCCUCUCCUGGUUGCUGAGCAGACAAGCUGUUUGGCAUUUACUGAUUAUCUGCUACCUUACAAUUCCAGCUUGGACAGGCAAUCUUCACAAUUCCAGUUAAAAAAUACUUCUGCUGGCGGUGACUAGUCAUGAAUUCGUCUUGCCUAAACAACAGAGCUGAGAGCCACUUUAGAGCAUCAGAGGAGCAUGAACUGGAGACAGUGGGGAAGAAAGCUUGGGACAAUCCUGUUUACAAUGGCUCUCCUUCUACCUCCUUGAAGAUUCAAACCAUCUACAACCCCAAGUCUACCCUGGAAAAUCCCUAUGAGAACUUUGAAGAGGUUAGGGAUCCACUGCCCUACCAGGAAGAACAGAGCAAAGCUGUGGAUGGGAAGACAAGUCCUUUCCUCAAGUGCUUCUUCUACGUCUUCAGAGGCAUAAGAGGUCUGUGGGGCACUACACUGACUGAGAACACAGCUGAAAACAGAGAGCUUUAUGUGAAGACCACACUGCGAGAGCUGCUAGUCUAUGUUGUGUUCUUGGUGGACAUCUGUCUACUGACAUAUGGAAUGACAAGUUCCAAUGCCUAUUACUACACCAAAGUGAUGUCUGAGCUCUUUCUGCAGACCUCUUCAGAUGGUCGUGUCUCCUUCCAGUCCAUCGGAAGCAUGGCUGACUUCUGGGUGUAUGCACAAGGUCCCCUUCUGGAUAAUCUUUACUGGACAAAGUGGUACAACAACGAGUCCCUGACAGCACACAGCACCCAGUCGUACAUUUAUUACGAGAAUCUGCUGCUGGGUGUCCCACGCAUGAGACAACUGAAGGUGAAGAACAAUUCCUGUGUGGUCCAUGAUGACUUCAAGGAGGAAAUCUCAGGCUGCUAUGAUGUAUACUCAGAAGACAAGGAGGAAAGGGGCUCCUUUGGGCUCAUCAAUGGAACAGCAUGGAGUUACCAUUCUGAGGAGGAGCUGGGUGGUUCAUCUCACUGGGGAAGACUAACCAGUUACAGUGGGGGAGGAUACUACAUAGACCUCAAGUUGACCAGAGAAGAGAGUGCUGAAGCCCUGCAAGUCUUGAAGGAGAAGCUGUGGCUGGAUCGGGGAACACGAGUUGUCUUCAUUGAUUUCUCUGUGUAUAAUGCAAAUAUCAAUCUGUUCUGUGUUCUGAGGUUAGUUGUGGAGUUUCCAGCCACUGGUGGUGCCAUUCCUUCCUGGCAAAUCCGGACAGUCAAACUUAUACGAUAUGUCAGUGCAUGGGACUUCUUCAUUGUUGCCUGUGAAAUUGUAUUCUGUGUCUUCAUCUUCUACUACGUGGUGGAGGAGACUUUGGAGCUGCGUAUCCACAAGCUUCAGUACUUCACCAGCAUCUGGAACAUCCUGGAUGUUGUUGUCAUUCUGCUCUCCAUUGUCGCCAUUGGAUUUCACAUCUUUCGCACCAUUGAGGUGAACAGGCUGCUGGGAGAGUUGCUGAAACACCCCAACACCUACGCAGAUUUUGAGUUCUUGGCAUUCUGGCAGACGCAGUACAACAAUAUGAAUGCAGUCAACUUAUUCUUUGCCUGGAUCAAGAUAUUCAAGUACAUUAGCUUUAACAAAACAAUGACCCAGCUCUCCUCCACGCUGGCACGUUGCGCCAAGGACAUCCUGGGCUUUGCCAUUAUGUUCUUCAUUGUCUUCUUUGCCUAUGCCCAGCUGGGUUACCUUCUUUUUGGGACACAAGUGGAAAACUUCAGUACCUUUGUUAAAUGCAUCUUCACCCAGUUUCGGAUCAUUCUCGGUGAUUUUGACUACAAUUCCAUUGACAAUGCCAACAGGGUCCUUGGGCCUAUUUACUUUGUCACCUAUGUGUUCUUUGUUUUCUUUGUGCUCCUGAACAUGUUUCUGGCCAUCAUCAAUGACACCUACUCAGAAGUCAAGGAAGAGCUUUCAAGCCAGAAGGAUGAGCUGCAGCUUUCUGACAUCUUGAAGCAGAGCUACAACCGGACACUCAUGAGGCUGAAGCUGAAGAAGGAGCGGAUUUCUGAUGUGCAGAAAGCACUGCAGAAUGGAACAAAAGAACUAGACUUUGAAGACUUCAAGAACAGCUUGAAGGAACUGGGCCAUGCAGAGCAUGAAAUCACAGCAGCUUUCUGCACAUUUGACAAAGAUGGCAACCACAUCCUUGAUGAAGAGGAGCAACAGCAGAUGAAGCAUGACCUCGAGGCAAAAAGGGUUGCUCUGAAUACAGAGAUUGAAAAUUUGGGGAAAUCCUAUGGUGACAACAACCUGGAUGAGAAUCUGAUCUACAGAGAAGCAAGGAAUAACCACGCCAAUAAAGCCAGCUGGGUCUCCAAAGAAGAGUUCCAAGUCCUGCUGCAGCGUGUACUGCAGCUGGAACUGUCCAUAAACAGCGUUGGCUCCAAGAUUGAUGCAGUGGUGAGCAAGCUCGAUGUGCCAGAAAGAAACAAGCUGAAGAGGAAGGACCUGGUGGGCAAACCACUGGAUGAUGUUAGUAAGGAGGAAGAAGCCAGUCAGGAAGAGCUGCACUCCCAGAGCCUAGACCAACUGCAGAAGGAAGAAGCAGAAAGCUGGGGGAUGGAACAUGUCCAGAGAAACAACCUGAGUGGUAACUCUUCCCAAAACGGUGUCUACCACAUCUUGCCCCGGUCAAAUGUGCUGGGCUCACAGGUGUCCAAGAACAUCAUCCAGCCAUAGCUGGAUGUGCACUUCUAGCAGCCAAGUGCUCUCACUCUGGCUCCCACGGUACUAAGUCACUGUCAGUUGUUCUCCCACUGUUAGGAUAAUCCAGACAGCUGGACAUAGACACCACUGUUGUCAGAAACUGUUGAUGUGAAAAAUCAGGGCUGCUCUUUUUCAAUGUAAUGAUGUAUAAUGUCAAAGAGUAGAACUUCUGCCCUCUCUCCCCUCAGUAUCUCUGGAGGAGGUGGAAUUUGGAACCAGGUGAUGUAUGAGGUUUCUGCCUCUCUACAAGCUGACACAAAGUCUCUUAUCUAUCCUUUCCUAAAAAGCAGGAACCCCAGAACUCUGAACAUUUCUGUCCAGAGUGGUGUAUUGCAACUUGUUCCCAACACAUGCAAUUGUCUGCAGAAAACAGAUGUGAUUAUAACGUAAAGAAACAGAAUAUAAUCAUUAGAGUGAAAUGGAAAGAAGAAAUUUAGUUGUGUCUACCUGAUUACAGACAGUUUUGUUCUGCUGUAGCUUGUCUCCAGAUUACCUUGGUAACCUUUCUGUAUCUUAGAUUUAGAUGUUGAGGGAAGAGGAUACUAACACCUAACUUCAGACAACUACAAUGAGAAUUGACUGACAGUGUAAUUGGGAGGAAAUCUGAAAUACUCUAAACUGAGAAGCAGUUGUUACUGGUAAAGUCUUAGGUCUGAGUGUUAGGGAACAAACUUCUGGUUAUAUGGUCUCUAACACAGCUGUUGACCCUCUAUCAUUUAUUUUCACACUCCUUAAAUUGCAUCUCAAGGUUCUUUAAAAAACUAUGAAUUUAUGAAACAAAUUUAUGAAGUUGCGAUCUUUCUUGAUUUUGCCAAGGAAACAAUUUGCAGAUGGGGGUGCUGACACCAUUUCAGUUGAAGAAUAUUGUGAAAAUGAGAUGUGUCAGUUUUUCAACCACAUAUUUCUUUUCCAGGCAUUUCUCCCUUUGCUGAGAUUUCUCUUUCCUUGUAACUGGUGCAGGCUAUUGCUGCUAUUACAGGGUCAGUGUAAAUGUACUCCAAAUAUCUUCAUCGCUGGUAUUCCACAGUAGUUCACCUCAAAUAGGCUCUGUAGGCUUAAAGCCAAUAGAAAUGUGAGUAGUACCAGACAACUGCUAACAGUUCUCAUUAGUGCUACACUGUUUAGCAUGCUAUGCAGUGCAGUGAUAAGUUUAGUGUGGACCUUGUGCAGGGGCAUUUUGUAUUGCCACCUUUUUUAAGAUGUGUGUGUCACUGCAUUCUGUGGAAAGCCUCUCCGGCAAUAUCUGAUGGACCUCAGGAUCAGCCCUGUCCACAGAUGGCCCAGGCACCAGGGCUGUCACAGCUACAAGAUAUCACUGAUAAAUUAAAGCAGAGGGUCUUUCAGCUGCAAGGACCUAGCAGGAGCUGUGAGGAGGAGCUUGUCACCCAGCCCACAGUGAGCUUAGAUUUUGGACAGGAGCUGUGGGCACAGUAACUGGAGGCUCUCACAAUUCACUUCCCAUCAGCUGAUCCUGCUGUUGGGAACAAGACUUGCCUGGGAGACAUUGCCAUAAUUCUUGACUCCCAUUUCUGCUGAAUUCAGAAUUGAGCAAGAGCUUCCUACCUUCAGCUUUUCCAGCUGAACUUGUAACAAUGGUGUUGCUUACUUCCUCCUGCUCUCUGCAUUGAAGCUAUUAUCUUACUCAGAAGAAAACAGCCUCUGUCAGGAGAACUUCCUGAAAUGGGUUUUCUUUCUUUUUUUUUUUUUUUUUUUCCUAAAUUUUAAUUAAACAAGAAAUCUAUAUGCUAAAUUGUAAUUGAACAGAGGAGCUAUGUGCUCUGUAAUGGGCUUGAAGAGUGCACACAGCCCCCCCUUGCAGUUAACUAAUCAGGUCCUUUGUAUGUUGAAAGA